AUAGACAUGCUUUUGUAUAUAAUACCCUGUCGCCCCUUCCGUCAGUAGCAAGAAAAAAGAAGCCAUCACAUCAGCCAGCCUUCUCUCAACCCUCAUAACAGCUACAGCCUUCAGCGGAGUAUCUCCAGCCCACACUACAAUACCAACUAAUUUAUCCAAAUACCCCUUCUUCCUCCCCAACCUUCAAAAUGCCUGGAAUCACUGCCCCCGCUGGUGUCAGCAAGUAUGACCAAAUCCCCGGUCCCCUGGGCCCCCAGUCCAACUCCCUUGAGGGCAAGGUCGCGCUGGUGACGGGCGCCGGUCGCGGCAUCGGCAAGGAGAUGGCGCUCGAGCUCGCCAGGCGCGGGGCCAAGAUCAUCGUCAACUACGCCAACAGCACCGAGGCGGCCGAGCAGGUGGUUGCCGCCAUCAAGAAGGCCGGCUCCGACGCGGUCAGCAUCAAGGCCAACGUGGGCGUCGUCGACGAGAUCGUGUCGCUGUUCGAGCAGGCCGUCAAGGCGUUCGGCAAGCUCGACAUCGUGUGCUCCAACAGCGGCGUCGUGUCCUUUGGGCACGUCAAGGACGUGACGCCCGAGGAGUUCGACCGCGUCUUCAACAUCAACACGCGCGGCCAGUUCUUCGUCGCGCGCGAGGCCUACAAGCACCUCGAGGUCGGCGGCCGCCUGAUCCUGAUGGGCUCCAUCACGGGCCAGGCAAAGGGUGUGCCCAAGCACGCCGUGUACUCGGGCUCCAAGGGCACCAUCGAGACCUUUGUCCGCUGCAUGGCUAUUGACUUUGGCGACAAGAAGAUCACGGUCAACGCCAUCGCGCCCGGCGGCAUCAAGACCGACAUGUACCACGCCGUCUGCAGGGAAUACAUCCCCAACGGCUCCGAGCUGGACAACGAGGGCGUCGACGAGUUCGCCGCCGGCUGGUCGCCCAUGCACCGCGUCGGCCUCCCCAUCGACAUCGCCCGCGUCGUCUGCUUCCUGGCCUCGCAGGACGGCGAGUGGAUCAACGGCAAGGUCCUGGGCAUUGACGGCGGCGCCUGCAUGUAAAACUAUAAAAAUAAAAAAAAUAGACGAGGGGGCUUGAGGGUUGCGACAGGGCCAUUCCAAUGUGGCUCUGGCUUUCUAAUUUCUGUUUCGACAAACAUGUUUUAGACGGCGAUCUUCUUUCUAUUAAUGUUCACAAGCAUGUCGGUUAGCCAUGGCAUCCGGUCAGGGGUCGGCCUGGAUAGACCCAGGGAAGGGUCUUGGAUAUCCCGACUGGGCAAUAGACUUGAAUCUGAAUUGGUUCUUCCGACUCUCCUCGACUCGUACCUACCAGGGUUGCUACCAGUGUUAUUACCAGUCAAUCAGUG